GGCUGAUCCGGGCCUGGCUGCCGGGGCGAAAGCGGGGAUUUGACCAGUGAUUGCUGCAACUCGGACGUGAAUGUUGAACCUGCUGUGUUUUGGGUUUGUGGUUGGAAACUCGUGGCACCACGUUGGCCACGCCUUACCAGCCAUGAGCCUGCCGCCCAAUGGCAGCCAGCAGUCACCGUAUCACCACAGACCCCCAUCAGACAGUCCAUCCUCAUCACAGCAACAGCAUUACACUGCACCUUCUAGUCGGCGCCAAAAGGUUUGCGGCGCAUGCGGAGACCGAGCCAAAAGUUACCACUUUGGUGGAAUAUCGUGCGACAGCUGUAAGGCCUUCUUCAGACGAUCCGUCCAAAAUGAAGCAUACAAGAACUUCCACUGUCCAUACGAAGGCAAAUGUGAGAUCACCAUUACGUCCAGGAAAUGCUGCCAGUACUGCAGAUUUAAGAAAUGUCUUUCUAUUGGAAUGGAAACCGGCUGGGUGAUGACGGAAGAAGAAAGACUACAGUUGGUGAAAAACCGAAUGGAAAGAAAGCAAAGGCAAGGAACCACAGAAUCCACACAUCCAACUCAAGAAUGCUGUAAAAAGCCUUACAGGACAACAUCAGCGUCGGAAUAUGAACCGGACAUUCAAGAUCUUCCUAAAUACUUGGAAAAAGAUGAAAUGCAACUAAUCGAACGACUCGUCAACGCCUACGAAGUUAGUUACCAUGAAGUGCCCUUCAGUGAUAAUCUUAAAAAACCUUCUUCUACUUCUGGAAGAACUAGAACCGAAAUACUGGAUAUGUUUUUUACAGUAGUGAAACAGUUUACUGAUUUCUCGCAGAGGUUGGAUACUUUCAGAAUGAUUCCUCAGCACGAUCAAGAAAUCUUGCUCAGGACCGGUGUCCUUGAGUUGUGUUUCAUAAGAGGUGCUUUCGUAUACGAUGAAAAACUAUCAAGAUGGCCUCAUACUGGAAAGCCAAUGUACAGAGACUCUCCAACUCUAGAGGCUGAAGACGUCAAAAAGCUGGUUUCUUUUGAGCUGUUUAAUAAACACAUGGAGUUCAUCCGAAGUGUGAAGGAGUUGCAUCCAGAUGAAGCAACGACUAUGCUUUUGUUGGUGAUUGUUUUGCUUUCUCCCGACAGACCUGGACUAGAGAAUGAAGUCCAGGUUGCAGAGGAACAAGAAAAGUUUUACAUCUUGAUGAAGAAGUACAUGAAUUGGCGAUAUGGUGAAGAAAAUACAUUGGUGUUGUAUCCUAAACUGCUAUUAAGGCUUCCUGACCUGAGGGAGCUUAAUGACUAUCACACAGAUUACAAUUUACGUCUAGGAUCAGAAGAAAUCCAACAAAUUCAGCAGAAACUGUCAUCCCUCCAAAUAGAUUCUUGCUUCCAGAAAUCAGAUAUACCUGUAAGCACUAGCGGAAGUUCUUCUGUGAGGGUUACUACUUUGCCAAGCCCUAGUGUACCAGUUCCUAGUACAACAAUAGGGCUAGAUGUCGGAUCUCGUACUCCUUGGAACUUGAGGAGGGAUGUGCUAAGAGCUCCUUCUUCUCCUUUCUCACAAGAAGAAGAAUCAAGCUCUAGUGAAAGCUCUGACCGGAUGCUGCCAUUUAGAAAUUAG